CGCACAGCAGCCGCUAAUUGGUCCGUCCCCACGUCGAACCUGCCAUGAACUGCAGCAGCUCGACGGUUCAAGGUUCUGAAUAUAGCAAGACUUCAAUAGCACCGAUCCUUUCUGGCGUAUUAAUUUUGAGAAUUUUUUGCAGUUCGAUUUGGUAUCUCCCGUACUUAGUUGUCCGUCCGAUGCAGGGCAGUGUGUGCCCAACCCAACGACGGGGUGACAUGUCUCCAAACUCCUGACCCCCCUUCGAUUGAUGCAGCUCUGCCGAUAAUAUCCCGGGCGUGAGGACACGCAAUUCCACGGAAUUGGGCCCAUUCCCACGUAUGAAGGGAGCCGCUCCUCUUAUUCGCUCAUGAAAGACUUCGAGUGACCCAGUUGUAUUGCUCUGUAUUGCUCAGUAUGCC